AUGCGUUUGGCGGUGCUGCUUGCUGCCGUCAUUUUUGGUUAUGUGUCACCCCUGGAGUUCGAGCACUUGUCUUCUGCUGAUGUGUUAGAGUUGUCGCGUCCUAGUCGUCACAAAGUUGUUGCUCAGCCCGACGAGGAAAUUCAAGAGGAAGAGGAUCAUGAAACUCUCCCAGAUUUCCCCACUCUCAGAACAACACCAACGACGACAGAACCGGAAGAACAAGAACCCGAGGGAACUCUCGUAACUUUUCCCCCUCUCAGAACAACACCAACACCAGCGACGACGACAGAACCGGAAGAAAAAGAACCCGAGGGAACUCUCGUAACUUUUCCCCCUCUCAGAACAACACCAACACCAGCGACGACGACAGAACCGGAAGAACGAGAACCCGAGGGAACUCUCGUAACUUUUUCCCCUCUCAGAACAACACCAACGACGACGACAUUUACUGCUACAACUACAGAGACCGCUACUCCCCCUACAACAGAAGCCACAACUAGUCCAACAACGUCGGCACCUACUGCAAAGCCACAACAGACAGACACCACAACAAGAACAACUGAGAGUCCAAUUGAGAAUACUAUUACAACUUCUGGACCUCCAACGUUCACUACACUGGGUCCAUUGCCAACUACUUCAAUCAAGGAACCGACAGCCACUACUUCAACUCCUGGUAAUAUCAAGAAAAUUGAGCGGUGGAAGUAUGAUAUUCGUCCAAUGCGUUACUGUCCAGCACCGGGAUAUCACAGGGACAGUGUAGAAGAAAAGAACGAGAAAGCCGUUAAGUCAAAACGUGAAUCGGACCAAUCGUCGACAAGUGCAGGAGUGAUCAAGUGGAUGAAAGAGCUGAUUUUUGGG